AUGUACAUCAAAGCGAUGCUGAGAGGGGUCACUCUGGGAACACUGCGCAAAGCUGCAGCAAACGAAGGGGGCUCUGGCACAAUUAUUCAAAACCAAACUUUUGGAAAGAAGCAGAAUCCUGGCAAUGCUCCAACUUUUCUACGGAAAGUCUACAGUAUUCUUUCCAUUCAAGUUCUUUUGACCACAGUCACAUCAGCAAUUUUUCUGUACUCCACUGGAGUACAAGCAUUUGUUCACGAAAGGCCUGCCUUGCUUUUGGUAUCUGGGUUUGGAUCUUUGGCUAUAAUUGUGGCACUGACCCUCUACAGACACCAGCAUCCUGUUAAUUUAUACCUGCUUUUUGGAUUUACCCUACUGGAAGCCCUGACAGUUGCCAUUACAGUGAGUUUCUAUGAUGUGUCCAUCGUCUUGCAAGCUUUUAUUCUUACUACUGCUGUAUUUCUUGGACUGACCGCGUAUACCUUGCAGUCAAAGAGAGACUUCAGCAAGUUUGGAGCAGGCCUCUUCGCUUGUUUAUGGAUUCUUAUCUUCUCGGGUUUCUUGAGGCUGUUUUUCUACAGUGAGACAAUAGAGUUGGUGUUUGCUGCUGCCGGAGCUCUUCUGUUCUGUGGAUUUAUUAUUUAUGACACUCAUUUGCUGAUGCACAAAUUAUCCCCUGAAGAGUACAUACUGGCUGCAAUCAAUCUCUACUUGGACAUCAUCAAUCUGUUCUUACACCUGCUGCGUUUACUGGAGGCAUUUAAUAAAAAAUAGUCAAACGUGGUGUGGUUUGACUAUAGCGUAUAUAAGGUUAAGUACCUAAAUAUCAUUUGGAUGAUCUACAAACUGUAGUUCUGUCUUCUAGAGACUGAAUCUUUAUUACUUUUUCA